AAUUUAUGAUGCACUACCCAAUAAAACAAUUGCACCCUGUGCAUUCUACUAUUACAACUUUCAAGAGUAAAUUGAAAGUUGGACUGAGUUCCAAAUGUAUUAUUAUUAUUAUUAUUUUAUUUUAAAAAAUUGGGGGGGAGGGGGGGGGCAUAGUAUGCUUAGCCUAGCCUACAUAUGCUAUGGAGGCUACACUUGCACUGCUGAAGACCUACUAUAGUGUCAUAUUCAAGAGGAAAUUAGAACAGCACAUGGAACAGAUGAUUGUUAUAUUUACACAAAGGAACUAUUGGUGCAGUGGACUACUUUUGUGAGAGAAAAAAAACAUUUGGGGUGCUGCAGUAACAUUUUCUCUACACUGAAAAUAUACUUUAAACCUACAUUUUUCCCUUAGCUGUCAAGAGGGGUGCCACUAAAAAAAUGUGACCCCUUGGCGGGGGGCUCCCCAGCCAAAUCUCACUCUCGCUAGAGCCGGCCCUGGAAAGAGGCAAAUUAGAAAGCACUGACACAAUCUCACCUGUUUCAGAAAGAGUUGCUAUUACAAUAUUUACCAUACAACCUCCUUUCACAAUUUAUGCUUACAUUUUGCUCCUAUUUCAUCACAAAAAAAACAUGAUAUGCAUGGGAUCCGAUGUGAGGAGGCACACCAACCAGAAGGGGGGAAAGGAGGCCACAUGCACACAUGCAAGCACACGCACUGCCUGUUGAACUUUAUUUCCUUUACACAUGUAGGCCUACAUGUCCCCAAAUAUCACAUAAGAGCCAUGUACACAUGCACCCAGGGUAAAGUAAUGAAGCUGCUUUCAUUAUAUAUUUUUUAAAUGUUACAAUGCCAGUCUUACAUUGGACAAACAGUCCUCUGAUAAACAACAGGUUAAUUUAAUUGAAUAUCCCCAGUGUAAUAAUAUAGUAAUAACUGUGUAGUGUAGGACUAGCAUACUAGGCAUUGGUUAAAUGACUGACUGCAACCUUUUUUUGUUUCGUUUCCUCUCUGGUGGCUUGAUUAUGCCUAUGUAACCUUGGCGCCUUUGACUCACCCUUUCCCUUUAAAUCGUUCCAAAAAUGUAAUAAUAUAAACAUAGGCUGCCUUAUGCGCGGGAGAGGCUUCUGAUCGGCAGCGGUCCAAUCCCAGUCCACUGUAAAAUUAACCGCCCUUCAUUGCCAUUGGUUGAAGCAUCUCAGUGCGUUAUGCACAUAGGUUCAAUCUGCUGUCAAUCUGUAAAGGCGCGCUCUAGAAUGUUUAAAACUUUCAUUGGAUAAAAAGUAUCAACCAAUGAGCGUACUUCGAAAGAUCCGAUGAUGACCAUUGGUUACUGUGUUGCUCUCGUUCGGAUUUACCUCAUGCGUUGACCCUUGUAAUAGGUUAUUUCCCAUGCAUGUGGUAAAAUGAUUUAAUUUCCCUUGAACUGAUUUGUCAAAAGAACCGCCCAGGCGCGAUUUGCAACGCGGGAAAGACUUCCAGAAGUAGGAGCUGUAUCCACUUUGACCGUGUGAACAUCGGACGCUCCAUUUUUGUAAAUUAAUGAAUAUUUGUACAAUUUUUAAUAAGGAAUUGUGGCGCGGUUUUCUUCGUCUCUGGAAAUGAAUAAUAUUUUCACUCCUGAUUGAGUAGCUGAAUUUGGUGGGACACUUUCAGUCUCGUAGCUGCCUAACCCAACUUCUGUUAGAAGGCUAUUUUGCUAACGUUAAACUACUUGAUUAAAAGCGUUUAGCCUAUCUUUAGAUGACGAAGUGAUUCCUGAGCACAAUUGUGAUAUAAUUUGAGAUUUUAUCAGCUUUUAACAAAUUCGUCUUUCAUCUGAACGAUGGCGGAGAACAAGCACCCUCAAGUAAUUUUUUGCAACGACUCCCCAAAGAGGGUCCUGGUGUCUGUGAUCAAGACCACCCCGAUCAAGCCCAGGAAGAGUGAGUCUCUGAUGCCGACCAGCCCUGGAUUCAGCGACUUCAUGGUGUACCCGUGGAGGUGGGGGGAGAACGCCCAUAAUGUGAGCCUGAGCCCUGGCUCGGUGAACGGGGCUGCCUCCCCUACCGGGACCAACACCGCCAGCGAGGCGGACCUGGCUGUCUCCUCUGACCAGAUGAAGGACGGUACUCGGCGUGGCCGCCCGCGUGCUGACACUGUCCGUGAGUUGAUCAAUGAGGGGGAGAGCUCCUCCAGCCGCAUCCGCUGCAACAUCUGUAAUCGUGUGUUCCCCAGAGAGAAGUCCCUACAGGCCCAUAAGAGAACACACACAGGGGAGAGGCCAUACCCGUGUGACUACCCUGACUGUGGCAAGGCUUUUGUCCAGAGUGGCCAGCUAAAGACCCACCAGCGCCUGCACACUGGAGAGAAGCCCUUUGUCUGCUCUGAGAAAGCCUGUGGCAGUCGCUUUACCCACGCUAACAGGCACUGCCCAAAGCACCCAUAUGCCCGUUUGAAAAGAGAGGACCCCAAAGAGGGACCAGGCAAGGCCCAGUCUGUGGACAAUAAGGCUGUGGCAGAGUGGCUGGCAAAGUACUGGCAGACGCGUGAGCAGCGUGCCCCUGUGCCCACCAAGGGGAAACCCCAGGGCAAGGGCGGGGUGGAGGACCAGGAGCAGCAGGACCCCCGGGAGUUUCUCCAAUCAGACGAGGAGGGAGAGGAGGAGCCAAUGGAGGAAGAGAAGGGCAACGGGGGUGGCGCUACCAGACGGCGUCUCCAAGAGCAACGGGAGCGUCUUCAUGGUGCCCUGGCGCUCAUUGAGCUGGCUAAUAACCUGUCUGCCUAAAUCCCCGCCCACAUCCCAGUCCUGAAACCCUCCCCAGUCAAUCCUCUUCUGCCUCCCUACGCAGUAUGCUUUGGAUAGAAGUUUGCCUGUAGGGAAAAACAUUUACAAUAUGCUUACCCUCCCAAAAUACUUAACCAUUAAUGGGGGGAAAACGCUAAGCUGACCUUAGAUUAGUAUUUGGAGGUAACUCCUUCUCCACGUGUAGUGUGGAGCAGGCACAAGCUUAAAGCACCUUAUCCAGCUUCCAAUGUUACCUAAUUGGGCUGCUAUGAUUGUAGAAUGUUUUACUCUCCUCUGGAGAGUAACUUUUAAUGUGUUUUGUUUUGUUUGCACUUUGGUGGUAACGAGUUAUUUGUUGUCUUUUACUUUGGAACUUAAGUAUAUUGUGUGCUUGUGUUUGUGUGCGUGUUCAUAUAAUGGAUGAAUAUGUGGAUUUAGCUCAGAUGAAGGAGUGGUACAGGGUGUGUUCAGACGUAGGAUAACUUACACUACCGGUCAAAAGUUUUAGAACACCUACUCAUUCAAGGGUUUUUCUUUAUUUUUACUA